AUAACAUCUGUUAUUGUAGUUUUAUAUAUGAAUAAUUAAUUUUAUUUAUUAACGUUAAGACUUAUCGUUAAGUACUUCAGCUUUUAGAAUGGUUUAUCUAUAAAAUAAUUUUAUGUCUUUGGUUUCAAAAUUGUAGGAUUGGUUGUUGUGACAGGGCAAACAGGGAGCGCAUGCGUAUCACAAUCACCGAUAAUUUUGCCAUCUUUCGACCUGUGUUGUAAACAUUUUGUCAAUAAGAAGGGUGUCGUGUCUCGUUAUUAUUAUUAUUGUUAUUAUUGAAAUUAGUUAAAGAUAAUGGCGGACAACGAACAAAAAGCCUUGCAAUUCCUUGCAGAGGCUGAAAAAAAGUUAACUUCUAAUAAAAGUUUCUUUGGUUCGCUUUUUGGAGGUACUUCAUCAAAAGUAGAAGAAGCUAUUGAAUGUUAUCAAAGGGCAGCAAAUAUGUUUAAAAUGGCCAAGAAAUGGGGAGCUGCUGGUAAUGCAUUCUGUGAAGCUGCAAAUCUGUAUUCAAAAUUAGGGAGUAGACAUGAUGCUGCAACUAAUUAUGUUGAUGCAGCGAAUUGUUAUAAAAAAUCUGAUCCUAAUGAGGGUGUUAACUGUCUUCUGAAGGCAAUAGAAAUUUAUACUGACAUGGGGAGGUUUACAAUGGCUGCAAAACAUCAUCAAACUAUCGCUGAAAUGUAUGAAACUGAAGCAGUUGAUCUUGAAAGAGCUGUUCAACAUUAUGAACAGGCGGCUGAUUAUUUUAAAGGAGAAGAAAGUAAUUCUGCUGCUAAUAAAUGCAUGCUGAAAGUUGCUCAGUAUGCAGCCCAGUUAGAAAACUAUGAUAAAGCUAUUCAAAUUUAUGAACAGGUUGCUUCUUCUUCCUUGGACAAUUCUCUACUCAAGUACAGUGCUAAAGAAUAUUUCUUCAGAGCUGCUUUGUGUCAUUUGUGUGUUGAUGUACUUAAUGCCCAGCAAGCGAUGGAGCGAUAUAUAGAUCUUUAUCCAACAUUUCAAGAUUCCAGAGAAUAUAAACUUUUGAAGCAGGAUUCUGCUCCAGCUCACAAGGCCAGGUCAACUCAGCAGUGGCUGCAAAAGAACAUUCCAGAGUUCAUCUCUGCCUCGGGUUCUAAUUGAUCACAUAGAAGAACAAAAUGCUGAUGGCUUUACGGAAGCAGUAAAAGAUUAUGAUUCUAUUUCUCGACUGGAUCAAUGGUACACAACCAUCCUUCUACGUAUAAAAAAACAAGUGAAUGAUAACCCCGACCUCCGUUGAAUCACACCUAAUUAUCAAUCAAAUCUGCCUCCCAAACUUAUCAAAUUGUCUCCAUUUGCCCACCUAGCAAAUUGCAUGCAAUAUUUAGAAAUAAUGCCUUAUUUCAUAUUAAAGUUGGUCGGGUAUGUUUUUUCUCACUUAUUUUUAAGUGAAUAACGUAAGUAAAUCAGGCUUUGUCUUAGUUUAUGUAUAUACAGAAUUUACAUAUUGUUCUUCCUUUGAUAAAUUUAGAUAUUGUAGAGUUGUAUUAAAAUUAUCAUUUAAUCAGUCACGUUUCUCAUUUAAUCUCAGGUUUAACCUGUAUAUAUUUUUUAUUAUUUGCUUUCGACUGUUUCCUUAAAUUUUUAUGUUAGUUUCUAGCAUUUUCCAACUCUGUUAGUUUUCUUUUUGGAUAUUGAUUUCAGUAUUUUUAAUUGAGAGUAAAACUGCAUUUGUAAUUUUUUUUUUUUAAUAUGUAUUAUCGAAGUUAAAAUAAAUUUAAGACAUAAUUGAUAGGCAAACUUCUGAUAGUAAGGAACACUCACACAUUCCUCUUAAAGUACAUAAAGGAGUUCUUUUUCCUUGAGCAAACAUUUUGUAAUGUAAAAUUGAAGUUGGAAAAUAUUCUCUCCAGGUGUUAAUUUGGUAUUUUAUGUGUAAAAUUGCACAUAAUUUCUAAUACUAACAUGUUUUAUAAUGGGGGUUGUCUAAAUAGAAAAUGUUUUCUUAAAUUUGUACUAGUUUUCUUAAUGUAAAAGUAGCUAUUAAUUUAUUAAUCGGGCUUGUUACCUAAAUAAAUAAGAUUUAUUUGAAUUGUGGGUUGUUUAAACAAUAUACUCUUUAUCAUUGUACCAAGUUUUAUAUAUACAUGUGUUAAUAUGUAUGUAUAGUGAUUACCUUGUUAUGUACACUCACAUCCCACACAUAUAAUAAUAAUAUGCAAUAUCUUUAGAAUUAAAGUUUAGAAUACAUUUGUUUGAAAAAGACUUAAAAUACAUUACUGUAAGUUGUCUUGCUGAUUGUUUUUUUUUUUUUUUUUUUUUUAUGAACUGUUAAUUUUGUUUUGAAAUAUAAUUUAUAUCGGUUUCAUUGACCUGCUUCUAUAUGUCAUUAAUUUAUUUAUCAUAUAUUUUUUUUAAGCCAUAGUUUGUAUGAACUUGUUCUUUAUUCAUGAUUAUUGUAUAAAUAAAUGAAAAAGUUCUUUUUCAUUGGUUUAUAUUUAAUAUUUAAUUCAAUGAAUGCAUGUUUUCCAAUACACUACUUUUGUGAUACAUUGAAAUUAGAUGUUAAUAUUAUAAAAUAAAGUAGUAUUUGAUAAGUCCUGUGGGGAAAAACUAUUUAAUUCUUUUGAAUUAAAAUAUCACUAGAAAAUCAAUCAAAUAGCUUUUAUUCUUAAUUGUAUAUAAGCAUAUAUUAUAUGAUAUAUGUUUUUUUAUUAAUAAAUAUGUACGUAUAAAAGCAGGGCAUAAUUUUUUUAAAUUAGAAAUGGGGUUGGUUGCUUUAAAGUAACUUUUCAUCCUCAACCCUCUUAAAAUUUAUUUCUUCAUUUUAAAAUCUCUAUAUACAUUGGUUAUUGACAUUCUAUUAAUUUGAUUUUAUCUGUGUUAAAUAUACAUUUAAUCAGAGCAGUUUGUUUUGAUAUAGUUUUUGAAGUAUUUAAUUUUGUUUUUGUUAGUGAUACAUAUUUUGUUAGUACCGUUUAAAUCAAAUCACUCUAAUUGCGCUAUGAUGCUUGAAUGAUAUUGUAAAUGAGGCUAAACGUAAUACUUGUCCAGUUUCUUGAUUCAUCUUAACCUCAAAGAGGAAAAUUUGUUAAUCUAUCAUCCCUCUCCUAAUUUUUUCUCUCUCUUAAUAAGUGGCAAAUUUAUUGAAAUUUUUGUAAAUAGAUUUUUUUUUAUUUAUUUUUUUAUACUUCCUACAAAAUCUUUCAUUUUAAUUUAUGCAAUUAGAUAAUAACAAUAAUGAAAUUAAGAUUAGAAAAAAAGAAUGAUAAGAAAUUAAAAAAAAAACAUUGUGAAUAUCCCUUUAGUGUAAGAUAUUAUUGUUUUGUAUAUAAAUUAUUGAUAAUGUAUUGUUUAUUGAAGUUAUAACGGCUUUGAAGUUGUUGCCUAUUGCCUAUAUAAAUUAUUGAUAUAUGUUUGAAAUUGUUAUUUUAUUUAUAUGUAAACACUCACAUUUAUAUGUUUAAAAAGCAUUAUGUUGAUCAAAUAAAUGUAUUGUUUUCAUUAGUGGUUCUGAAAUUAUUCAGUC